AUGCCUCCGGCGGCUGGGGCUCCGCCCCAGACCCUGGUUGCUCCUGCUUCGCAGGAGAUUUUUCGCGUGGGGACCGUGUCGCAACGACUCGAGCGAAGCGAGAGGAGCAACCCGGGUCUGGGGCGGAGCCCCAGCCGCCGGAGGCAGACCCCUGUUCCCGGAGAAUCACCACUAACCAGAGUCACAGUGAACCGUACGAGGGCCAUUCUGGGGGAGAUAGCGGGCGAUGGCAGUUUUGAGGCCCAUGCUAAGGGCGUUUCGUGGCCCGAGUUCGUGGAUUUGGUAGUGGAGCUGUUGGAUGCCAAUGUUUCAGGGUUGUACGACCGGCCUGAAAAGAGUUAUAUCGAUCCGUUGACGGGUCAAGAGUCGAGUGAGUCUGAAAUGACGGACCAGGUUAAGAGUUUGUUGAGAACCGAGUUUGCGGCAGGUCCGCCGUUCACCGUGCAACGACUGGCCGAGCUGCUCGGUUCACCUCUGGAUUUCUACCCGGCUCCGUUCGUGUAUAAAUACCUGACAGCGUUGAAACGGGUUCUGUCAGUCGCAUCGCUGAGCACGGACUACCCCGCCGUCGAUUUACAAGCCGAGAUAGCCCAGUCGAAAACCGACACCAGCAGCGCCAACUACGGCGAACCGGGCGUGGUCAUGACCGAGAUCCCCUGGGUCCUCGACACGGGUCUCCCUGAAAACACCCCCACUGCAGCCCCCGCUGACGACCCUUUUUAA